AUGGAGAUCUUGAAGAAACUGGAGAUAAACUUACCCUUCUCAGAAGCCUUGCAACAAAUACCUUCAUAUGCAAAAUUUCUGAAGGAACUCCUCUCUAGAAAAAGAAAGUACAUUGAAGAGGAAACAAUUGAGGUACAGGGAAACUGCAGCGCCAUCAUACAAAAGUCAUUACCUCCCAAGUUGAAAGAUCCAGGAAGUUUCACUAUCCCUUGCAUUAUAGGGAAUAUCUCUGUUGGGAAGGCACUAAUUGAUUUGGGGGCCAAUAUCAAUCUCAUGCCACUCUCCAUGUUUGAAAAGAUUGAAGGCUUGGAACUUAAGCCUACCCGAAUGACUCUCCAACUAGCAGAUAGAUCUCUAAAAUAUCCUUAUGGGGUAGCUGAAGACGUGUUGGUAAAAGUGGACAAGUUCUUGUUUCCUGUUGAUUUUGUUAUCAUGGAGAUGGAAGAAGAUGUGAAUGUUCCUCUUAUUCUUGGGAGAUCUUUUAUGAAGACUGCAAGAGUUCUAAUUGAUGUGGAAAAUGGCAAACUGAAGGUGAGAGUGCAAGAUGAAGAAGUAAAUUUUGAUGUCUUUCAAGCCAUGUCUCACCCAAAAGAUGAUAAGGGUUGUUUUCAUCUUGAUACUCUUGAAAAAAUAUGCAUGAUUCAAGAAAAGGAGGUAUGCGAUGAUCCUUCUCUGGAAGAAGCAUUUGAUGACAAUUAUGAAAAAUUGACUGAGGAAGGCAUGAAUAAUUUUGAAGAAUUAAAAGAGGCCCCUUUGUUGAACUCUGAGGAAAAAGUCAAGGAAAGAAAGCCAGAGCUGAAAAUGUUACCACCACACUUGAAAUAUGCGUUUUUAGAAGAAGGGGAGCAGUUCUUGGCCAGAGAAGAGGAAAGGUUUUUCACACGAUUUAUUAUGCAAGUCCUCAAUGAAGCCCAGCUGAAUUAUGCCACCACAGAAAAAGAGUUUCUUGCUAUUGUGUAUGCUUUGGAGAAAUUUAGACCAUAUCUCAUUGGGUCUAAGGUAAUUAUCUACACUGACCAUGCGGCUAUUAAAUAUUUGCUAGCCAAGCCAGACUCCAAACCACGAUUGAACUGA